CAAAGAAGAAGAAGGAGUGGACGCACCGCGUAGCGCUCGGGUGCGUGAUCGAACGCGGCGGCGGCGGCGGUCGUCGUUCCAGCCGCAGAUGACGGCACACCAAAAUCCCACUUAGGUCAAAUUUUUCGCAGCGCGGACUGGGGAUUGCCUACAUUCGACAUGACAGAGCCACAGACUACGAGGCUCAGAUAUGCGAGCAAACAGAGGUAUGUCCUCUUGGCUAGAAAACCGGGCCAGUACCCGCAGGAUAUGUCGCCUCCGCCAGUGCAGCAGACUUCGGCCACCGUGCUCGCAGGAGGCGCGCCUUCCGUUCAGCCUCCUUGUUGUAUACCUCCCCCGUAUGGUCCACCGGCAAUGCCUUAUCCAGAGCCUCCUUUCGCCAUGGGACCGCCACCGUUUGAUGCGCCACCAAUGGGGCCGUUCCAGCAGCCCCCACCGCAAGACAUGAUGUCUCUAGGGACGAUGGGACAUCUUCCCUUUGGACCAGACUCGUUUUCAUUUCCGCCACCGGACCCUAAUAACCCUUACCUGCCCAUGAUGCCUCCACCGCCUUGCGAUCUCCCCGGCAUGUACGAUGAUUUUGACACGAGAGAUUUAUAUUCUCGUCGCAGAAGCUCCGCACCCUACAACCCGAAGGGAAGCACGAAUAGUCAGAUAAAUAUCACUAUCAAUGUCGGAGAUGAAGAUGUCGAUGGCGGUUAUGCUUCUCCGAGAGAAGGGAUUCGUGGAGGACGAGAGAGAUACAGGGAUUACGAUAGAGAUGGUGAUGAUUACAGAGAUUAUGGUCCCAGUUCUCGAAGGUCUCCUAGAAGGGAUAGGUAUUGCGAUGAAGAUGAAGACGAGCGACCUCGUAGAAGACGCUCAAAGUCUAGGACUAGGGAUGGCGAGCGGAGCUCCCGCAGGCGGAGGUCGAAGUCGCGAGGUCGAGAUGAGGAAGACGAGGAUAGGAAACCUCGUAGAAAAAAGUCGAGGUCUAAAAAAUCACGGAAAAAGAAGUCGAAAUCGAAGAAAUCGAAACGCCGAGGCAGUAGUGAUGAGGAUCACAGUGACGACGACACUGACCAAAAGAAUGGGAGAAAAACGUCUGACGCAAAUCAGAGUGACGAGAGUGACGAGGAUAAAGAUGAUAACGAGGGGCGCGACUAUGGGAGAUGGUCAGGAAGAAAAGGCAGCAGUCGCCAGUUGGAGAGCUACAUUUCCGAGGGCGAAGGACUGGAUCAACUCUUUAUGCUUAGAAAGACCGGCAACGUGGCUCCCAAGAAGAAAAAGAGGAAGCACAAGAAAAAGGCCCAACCUGCCCCAGAACCACCACCUCCUAUCCCCGUACAAAUUCCCAUCAGUCCUGUGUCUUCACCGCCUCCAUCUGCUCCGAGGGCCACUGGCGUUGGCGGUUUCUUCGCGUCCCUUUUCGGUGCGAAGUCACCUCAACCGUUACCCGAAGCGGCCCCGGCUGCUUCGGUAAUUUACUUGGUUCCUCCUCCUCCAAUUUCCGCUCCACCACCCCCUGAACAGUCUUCGUCGUCGUCAUCGGAAGAGGAGUUCGCAGAUCAUUUCGAAAUCGAACCCCUCGGUAAGAAGCAACUGAUUGAAUUUUGUCGCAGAAUUAACAUACGGGAGAUGGUCAAGAAGCAAGUUGACGAGGAGCAACGAGACAGGGAGAGGCUCGAGAAGAAGAUCAUGAGGAGAAUGAAAAGGGAUAAGAAGAUACUCGACGACGAGAAGGAAGAGGAGAAAACUCCCAAGUCUGAAGAGAAGAAACCGGAAACUCCAAAACCAGAUUCAAAGAAAGAGGAACCACCAAAGGCGGAACAAAAGAAAGAUGAACCACCAAAGGUGGAACAGAAGAAACAGGAACCAAAGCCAGUGGAGCCAUCCAAACCAGCUGCGCCGUCACCUGCUCCGGCAGCGCCUCCCGCGGACGUGCCGCCUCCACCGCCCACGUCACCUCCACCACCCACGUCACCUCCACCUGCGCCUCCAGCACCUCCACCAACGUCACCUCCACCUGCGCCUCCAGCACCUCCACCUGGAGAAGCGCCUCCAGCACCUGCAUCACCUCCACCUGGAGGAGCUCCACCUCCUCCAGCACCUGCAUCACCCCCACCUGGAGGAGCUCCACCUCCCUCAUCGCCUCCACCCGCAGGAGCGCCUCCAGCACCUGCAUCACCCCCACCUGGAGGAGCUCCACCUCCCUCAUCGCCUCCACCCGCAGGAGCGCCACCACCUCCUUUGUCACCUCCUGCAGAUGGAGCGCCUCCUGCUGCCAGUCCGCCUCCGCCGGCUUAGUUGAUGCCUAAUAAUUGAGACAAUGGUAAUAAAUACAACUCUAUUAUCUAU